UCAGUUAGACGGAAGCGGAGGUUUGGUUAGCAAUUCGGGUUCGUACUUGUCAAGAAGAAAAUGACGUGCACUUCGGAUUUCAGUGAAUGUGCCUCGUGAUACGGGACGCGUUAAUCAGAGAAAAAAUAAAGUUUAUCAAUUCGUGAUCUUCUUUGAUUUUAAAGGAAAAGGAGAUAUUCUUCGUUUCUUAUUCUCGCGCCUUUGAGUGAACUGUGAAUCGUUUAUGUCGCUCCUUCUUUUUCUCUCUCUCUCUUUCUCUCUCUUUUUCUCUGCCUAUUCUUCUCUCUCUCUCUCUCUUUCCUUUCUUUCUCAUAAUCAAGAUAUAUCUGUCUUUCUCUCUCCUGUUCCUAACUAACCUAAAUACUCGUGAACCCGUAACGUGAUUUUGUCGUGACACGUCGUCAACGAAUACCUGAACUAGUUUAUGGCGAUCAUUUUUUCUCCUCCGUAUCCUAAAAUCCAUUCGAAAAGUGGAAGAAAAUCAAAGAGAAAAUUGAAUCGUUUAAACUGCUUUGUAAUCGAAGACUUCCUUGUCUCGAGGUCGUUCUAACCUGGACCGAAAGCGUCUCGGCGCUCUUGUGAGAAUUUAUUUACGUGAAUGAAAGGUAUAAACACCAAGAGGAUACUAUAAGCAGUGUUAAGAUAAAGAAGCAAUCAUGGAGGACGGCCAUGCAAAGACCGUUGAUGAGGUAUUAAAUUAUUUCAAUGUGGAUUCGGAUAAAGGAUUGUCCCUCGACCAAGUGAAAAGGAAUCAGGAGAAGUAUGGUCUCAAUGAAUUGCCAGCCGAGGAGGGUAAAUCCAUCUGGCAACUCGUAUUGGAACAAUUCGACGACCUCCUAGUUAAGAUUCUAUUAUUAGCCGCUAUUAUAUCUUUUGUACUAGCUUUAUUUGAGGAGCACGAGGAUGCGUUCACGGCCUUCGUCGAGCCCUUCGUCAUUUUGCUCAUUCUUAUCGCCAAUGCCGUGGUCGGUGUUUGGCAAGAGCGUAACGCCGAAUCGGCAAUCGAAGCGUUGAAGGAGUAUGAACCCGAAAUGGGUAAGGUCGUUCGGGGUGACAAGGCUGGCGUACAAAGGAUUCGAGCGAAAGAGAUCGUUCCCGGAGACAUCGUUGAGGUGUCCGUCGGUGAUAAGAUUCCAGCUGAUAUUCGUCUUAGCAAAAUUUUCUCAACCACCCUCAGGAUCGAUCAAUCCAUCCUGACCGGUGAAUCUGUAUCUGUUAUCAAGCAUACGGAUCCUGUUCCCGAUCCACGUGCCGUCAAUCAGGACAAGAAAAAUAUUUUAUUCUCUGGUACCAAUGUAGCUGCUGGUAAAGCACGUGGCGUUGUUAUUGGAACCGGUUUAAAUACUGCUAUUGGUAAAAUUCGUACUGAAAUGUCUGAGACUGAGGAAAUAAAGACACCCCUUCAACAAAAACUCGAUGAAUUUGGUGAACAAUUGUCAAAGGUCAUUUCCGUAAUCUGCGUUGCUGUAUGGGCUAUCAACAUCGGUCACUUUAAUGAUCCUGCUCAUGGUGGAUCAUGGAUCAAGGGUGCCAUUUACUAUUUCAAGAUCGCCGUCGCUCUGGCUGUCGCUGCCAUUCCUGAAGGUUUACCGGCUGUUAUUACGACUUGUUUAGCUUUGGGUACUAGGCGUAUGGCUAAGAAGAAUGCCAUUGUACGUUCCUUGCCUUCUGUCGAAACUCUCGGUUGUACUUCUGUUAUUUGCUCUGACAAGACUGGAACAUUGACUACCAAUCAGAUGUCUGUUAGCCGAAUGUUCAUUUUCGAUAAGAUCGAGGGCAAUGAUAGCUCGUUCCACGAGUUCGAGAUUACAGGAUCGACUUACGAACCCAUCGGUGAGAUCUUCCUCAGAGGACAAAAGAUCAAAGGGCAGGAUUACGAGACACUUCACGAGAUUGGUACAAUCUGUAUCAUGUGUAACGACUCGGCCAUUGACUUUAACGAGUUCAAGCAAGCUUUCGAGAAAGUUGGGGAGGCUACCGAAACCGCAUUGAUUGUUUUGGCUGAAAAGGUCAAUCCUUUUGGUGUAUCGAAGGGUGGACUCGAUCGCCGUAACGCGGCCAUAGCCGUCAGGCAAGACAUCGAAACGAAAUGGAAGAAGGAAUUCACCUUGGAAUUCUCUCGCGAUCGCAAAUCCAUGUCCUCGUAUUGUGUACCAUUGAAACCUAGUAAACUUGGAACUGGACCAAAACUUUUUGUUAAGGGUGCACCCGAAGGAGUAUUGGAUAGAUGCACGCAUGCACGCGUUGGUACACAAAAGGUUCCUCUUACUUCGACUUUGAAAAAUCGUAUUUUGGAUCUGACGAGACAAUAUGGAACCGGACGAGAUACAUUGCGUUGUCUUGCUUUGGCUACCGCUGAUCAUCCGAUGAAACCCGAUGACAUGGAUUUAGGCGACUCCACGAAGUUCUAUACUUACGAGAAGGAACUCACGUUCAUUGGUGUAGUUGGUAUGUUGGAUCCACCACGUAAGGAAGUAUUCGACUCCAUUGUUAGGUGUCGUGCUGCUGGUAUCCGUGUUAUCGUUAUCACUGGUGAUAACAAAGCCACCGCGGAAGCCAUUUGCCGACGAAUUGGCGUUUUCACCGAAGAGGAGGACACCACAGGAAAAUCAUACUCUGGACGUGAAUUCGACGAUUUAUCACCAUCCGAACAGAAAGCAGCAUGUUCAAGGGCCAGAUUGUUCUCCCGCGUAGAACCAGCUCACAAAUCAAAGAUCGUUGAGUAUUUGCAAAGCAUGAACGAGAUCUCGGCUAUGACCGGUGAUGGUGUGAACGACGCUCCUGCUUUAAAGAAAGCUGAAAUUGGUAUUGCUAUGGGUUCUGGAACGGCUGUAGCAAAGUCAGCUUCUGAGAUGGUAUUGGCUGAUGACAAUUUCUCAUCUAUCGUUGCUGCCGUUGAAGAAGGUCGUGCCAUUUACAAUAACAUGAAACAAUUCAUUCGUUAUCUUAUCUCUUCUAAUAUCGGUGAAGUCGUAAGUAUAUUCUUGACGGCCGCUCUUGGUCUUCCUGAAGCUUUAAUCCCGGUUCAACUUCUCUGGGUUAACUUGGUCACUGAUGGUCUUCCAGCCACUGCCCUUGGUUUUAAUCCACCCGAUUUAGAUAUCAUGGAUAAGCCUCCCCGCAAAGCCGAUGAAUCUCUUAUUUCUGGUUGGCUAUUUUUCCGAUACUUGGCCAUUGGUGGAUAUGUAGGUGCUGCUACUGUAGGAUCGGCCGCGUGGUGGUUCUUGUAUAGUCCGCAUGGACCACAAAUGAAUUAUUAUCAAUUGACUCAUCACUUGGCUUGCAUUGGUGGUGGGGACGAGUUCAAAGGCAUUAACUGCAAGAUCUUUUCCGAUCCUCAUCCAAUGACCAUGGCUCUAUCGGUACUAGUAACCAUUGAAAUGUUGAACGCUAUGAAUAGCUUAUCGGAGAAUCAAUCACUCAUCACGAUGCCGCCUUGGUCCAACAUGUGGCUCAUCGCCUCCAUGGCUCUUUCCUUCACACUCCACUUUGUCAUUCUUUACGUCGACGUCCUUUCGUCCGUAUUCCAAGUGACUCCCUUAACGGGUGAAGAAUGGGUUACCGUUAUGAAGUUUUCCAUUCCAGUGGUACUUCUAGACGAAACCCUGAAGUUCGUUGCCAGAAAGAUCACAGAUGCAUCAAGAGUAUCCGCUUCAGUGAAGAGGUCAAAACUGGAGCUGCCUGAUAAAUUGCUGAGAUUUCAAGAGAGUAAUUUUGCAUGGAGUUCGGAUUGACGGAAACCUUAUUAAUAUCCUCGCACAUUGUCACGUGUCUUCCUUCCUGUUGGGAUAUAAUAGUGCAUGCAAACAAAUUCCUACAGCAUAUCCUAUGGUAUCUCCGAAUUUCCUGGUAAUUAAAAUAAUAAAACGAUUUUAACGAUCCUGCUGUGUCGUCUAUCAGUCAGGAUGAAUAUUUUUAAAAUUUCAUUUGAUUUGCAUCUAUUCUGUAAGAUCUGAAAAUUAUAAUAAUUAAAGGCAUAGCCUUUUAUUCUUUGCUAGUUUAUUUCCCUUUAACAAAGAUGCGUCCUUAAAAAAUUAAUAAUUACCUUUGCCAAUUCGAAUAGAUCUGUAGAUAUGGAAGAUAAUCAUUAAAAAAUGAAAAUGCUUAUUUUGUUUGUAUCGACGCAUCCAUUUAUAGUAAAUUAUAGUAACGUCCAUAGAAUACCUUUUCGAGUAUACGAAGUAAACGUUUGUUGCACGGUACCUUUUGUAUAUAUACAAAAAAAAAACUAAACAAAACAAAACAAAAUAAAACAAAAAAAGAACGAUUAAGAAGAAAAGAAAUUGAAGAGAAUGAGAAAAGAAAGAAAAAGGAAAAAAAAAGAGAAAGUGAUGCGACGGGCACAGCAGGACAAAGUCGUAACAGCUUGCACUUAAUUAUUAAUUAUUAAUUAUUAAUUAAUAAUAACUCCGGUCCUCUACAAACGUGUACGUACUUUUGUGUGCAUAAUUUCUAUAUAAUGCAAGAGAGAGAAAGAAAAAAGAAAGAAAGAAAGAAAGAAAGAAAGAAAAGAUACACGUUACGCAGCGAUUGUGUAUAUAAUCUACGUGUGCGAUGUGGACCGUCAAGUUGUGUCGUCCGUCAUCAUCAUCGUCGUCGUCGUCGUCGUCGUCGUCGUCGUCGUCGUCGUCAUCGUCGUCGCCGUCGCCGUCGUCGCAUCGUACGUGCGUAUGGCUUUGUGUGUAUACAUAUUAACGAUAAAAUAAAAAUUGUUAAAUCGUUUGAGAUCAGCUUGAUUGGUCCAUGUCUCAUUAACGUUUCGAGUCCGGACCGGCGAGUAGAAUUCAAAACGACUCGAUUGUUAACUCGAACCGUUCCUAAUAAUUAUGUUCACUAUGUACAAAAGAAGACAAAAAAAAAGAAAGAGAGGAAAAAAAUAUAGUAGUUGAUUAGAUCCAUUUAAACCGGUCGAGUCGUUUAAGAAGUUUCAAGCUACGGGCCAGAUUACAUACGCCAUAUAUAUGAAUACACAUACAUACAUACAUACAUACAUACAUACAUACAUAUACAUACGCGUUCACAGAGUAUAUAAAGGGGUGAUUAAUUGCGAACGAUCGGUGUUAUUUUCAAGUUCACAUGAGGCUUCAAUGUGUCUCUGACUGUUCUUUAGUCGUUUUAAUUUCAAGUUUUAUAUAUAUAUAUAUAUACAUAUAUAUAUACGUGUAUAUAUAUAUAUAUAUAUAUAUAUAUAUAUACACACACACAUAUAUACAUAUAUAAAACAUAUAUAUCACACAGAUAGUAAAGUUAAGAAUCUGCUAGAAAGUGCAAGAACAUCCGGCGAUCCACUUUUCUAUAUACACUUACAAAACGCAACAAGACUGACGGUGUGUGGUUUUAAGAGAAGAGUGGUUCGUUGGCAUUCGUACGAAAUAAAAUGAGAAAAAGGGAAAGGAAGGGAAAAGAAAUAAAAAGAAACAGACAAAAAAAUAAAUAAAACAUAUAAAAGAAAUGGAAAAAAAGGAAUAUAAAAAAAAAAAAGGAGAAAGAAUACGCGAAUAAUGCGAUCGUUCGACGCGAUAUCCAUAAAGUAAACAUUGAAAUUACGUUUAGCGAUAUUCCCCGGUUUUAAUUAAUUUAACCGCCUCUUAAUCGCGGAUAAAAAACUUACAUAAUGUAAUAUAUUAAUUAUGUUAAUGGUUAAGGCGUGAUACUUUGGUAUGGGCAUAAUUAGACUUAAUUAGAUGAUGGCGGAGAGAGUCGCGAGUGUGUUCAGAGCGAGCGUACGCACACGAAGACGAAAAAAAGGAUAAUAAAGGAAUAGCAAGAGAAAUAGAAAAAGAAAAUGAAACAAAUACUUAUACACAACUAGGACAUACAAAAACAUACGGUUAUACAUAUAGUAAGAUAAUCUAAUUAAGUAAAUGCCAUUGAAUAGGAAAGAUAAUUAAUGUGAUAGAUUAAUCGUUGGCGUCGCGCUUUUUCCGAACGAACCCGAGUAUCUUUCAAAGAUCUUUCAAAGAUUUUUCUAAGAUCUUUCUAAGAUCUUUUACGAUUAUCUUUUGUUCCGUUUCGUUUCGUUUCUCUCUUCUCUCUCUCUCUCUCUCUCUCUCUCUCUCUCCUGCUUUUGUUUGAUUUUCGAUCGCCAUUUGAAAAUCGUGCUAUCAAUAAGUCGUCUAAUUUCAUUCGUAAAAGAAUUAGUAUAACUAUAAUUUCAUUUUUGUCGAUUCGAGAUACGUUUAUAUGUAUUUUUUCUUCGAGAGUUGCUCGAAUUUGAUGUGUUUUUGUGUGGAUUGAAAGUAAAAAAGAAAGAAAGAAAAAAAAAGGAAAAAAAAAAGUAGAAAAAAAAAGAAAUAUACAAAUAAAAGGGAGGGGAAAAAAAGAAGAAAAAUAUUAAAAAAUAAUACGGCAUUUCUCUGGGGAUUACGAAAUAAGCACGUCCGAGAUAUUAAUCGGCUAACAAUAUUUUAAAUAAUAUCCCUUCAGUUUAAUUAGAUUAUCUGUUGCAAUUUUUAAUGUUUUUUUUCUUUUUCUUUUCUUUUUUUUUUUAAUAUUUUUUUUUUUUUUUAAUUUUUUUUUUUCUACGCUAUAGUUAUUUUAAAAUCAAAGGUCUUCGUACCGGACUAAAAAUCGUUGUAUAGAACAUGGUUACGUCUUUAUAUCAUCUAUGAUAUAAUAAAUUUUAAGUCAAUCCAUUUAACCGUGUAGACGAUAAAAUGGAUAUACACAAACACAAACGGGUUACACGUAUCUACAUAAAUACUAAUAUACAUUUAGAUUUUGAUAUAAAAUGUAAAAGAUCAGAAAAAAGGACUGAACAAUGUCUUUAUUAGUUUGAAAGAUAAUCGUUCAUUAAAUUGUUUUUUUUUCUUUUUUUUUUUUUUUUUAAUUUAAUUUAUCAUCGAGCACACACAAAGGAUCAAUAUAAAAAAAAUAUUGCGGUCGUGCUUAAAAAUCGAAAGAUGAGUAAAAGUAAACGAAGUAGUGCCAUCGAUGAGGGAAGAAAAAGGGCUAUAGCAUGGUAUUGGAUGGACAAGAAAAAAAAAAAAGAAAAAGAACAAAAACAAAGAGAAAAAAAAUUUCGUUGGACCACAUUCGAAUCCUCGAUCUUUUUUCGAUCUGAUUUUUUUUUCUUUUUUUUUUUUUUUUUUUUUUUUCUCGAUCAAAUCGAUCUUUGCCCAAUGCCAUGAGCCCUCGAACGAAUCCGUGGAGAAUUGAACUGCGACGAUUCUUUACCGAUCUGCAUUAUUCUCUGAUACGAGAAACGGAGGGUAGUUGUUUUUAAUGAUAAUUCAUAACAAAUGAAAAAGAAAAGAAAACAAAAUAAAAAUAGAAAGAAAAAAAAAAUAAGAUAAUGAUCAUUAUUCAUGCGACAUAAGAUUCCGAAUGAACCGAUAUUAUCAUUGAGGAUCGUGUAUUUCAAUGGCGGUAAUACAAAAAAGAAAAAUAAACGACAAAUUGUAAUCACUCUUUUGUUUCGCAACUAAUUAUUAAUGAAGAAAAGAAAUAAAGUAAAAAUAAAAGUAAAUAAAUAAAAUUAGCGAAAUACGGCGCGAGUCA